CUGUAAUCACCUGUCAUAAUGGGUAAAUCCUGGACUAGAUGUCUUUUAGUGCUGUUUAUGUGGACUUGCUUAGGCGCCCAGCAAAUGGAAGAUGCAUUGUCUUUUCAGUUUACUCAUCCACUUUACAAUGUAAUGAUAUAUGAAAAUUCAGCCGCAAAAACCUUUGCUGAAUGCCCCAUAAAAAUGGGUAUUUUUAUGACAAACCAGUCUUGGGACAUCUGGUACAUAAUAGAAUCCGGGGACCAUGAUAAUUUAUUUAAAGCUGAGAAGUAUGUUUUGGGUAAUUUUUGUUUCCUGCGAAUAAGAACCAAAGGAGGGAAUUCUGCCACACUCAAUAGGGAAAUAAAAGACCACUAUAUGCUGACUGUAAAUGCUAUUGAAAGAUAUACUGGUGCUGAAACUCAAACACAAGUUAAAGUGCAAGUUCUGGACACGAAUGAUCUCAGACCGCUUUUCUCACCGACUACAUAUAGUUUUUUUGUACCCGAAAACUCAGCCAUCAGAACAAGCGUAGGCAGAGUUUUCGCCACAGACGCUGACACAGGCACUAAUGGAGAGUACUAUUUCAGCUUCAAAGAGUGGACUGACAUGUUCUCCAUUCAUCCUACUAGCGGGGUUAUAACUCUGACAGGCAAGCUGGAUUACUCUGAGGUGGCUCUUUAUGAGAUUGAUGUGUUGGCUGUGGACAGAGGUCUGAAGCUCUAUGGGAGUAGCAGCAGCAGUAGCACAGCAAAGCUAAAGGUGCACGUGCUGCCGGCCAAUGAACAUGCACCUGUCAUCACAGCUGUCCCCUUAACUCCAUGGAAUGCAACCAGUGAUCCCACUUAUGCGUAUGUGACUGUGGAGGACGCCGAUGAAGGGCACAAUGGCGAGAUUGCCUCUUUGAGCAUCGUAGCUGGAGAUCCACUCCAGCAGUUCAAGGCCUUCAGAACAAACCCUGGGAGCAAAGAAUACAAAAUCAAGGCCAUCAAAGACGUGGAAUGGGAGGGUUAUAGAUUUGGGUGCAAUCUUACAUUGCAGGCCAAAGAUAGGGGGAAUCCUCCAAAGUUUUCCUCAGCGAUAGUUGUGAGAGUGAGAUCGUCCAGCGAAUACAUAGAAACUCCUACAUUUGAGAAGAGCGUCUACAGAGUUACUCUCAGUGAGUUUGCACCUCCUCACUCUCCUGUAGUCGUGGUCAAAACUGUACAGAAACAUUCAAAGAUUAACUACUUGUUACAAUUUAAGAUGCAACAACAUGAGAAUCCAUUUGUCAUUAAUCCAAACACGGGUCUUAUCACCACCGUGGCGCCCGUAAAAGCAGAAAGUGUCAGUCAAUAUGAAUUUGAUGUUGUUACGAGUGACAGACGAGCAGUGGCCAAGGUGGUCGUCAGUAUAAGCGAUGUGAACAACAAUGCACCAGUGUUUCAAAAGUCUAAUUAUGAAGCCAGUAUCGCUGAACACGUGCCUAUUGGGACCAGUGUCUUGACAGUCAGUGCUACCGACAAAGACGACGGCGAAAAUGGCUAUGUCACCUACAGUAUUGUCAAUGUGAACAAACAGCCUUUUGUAGUGGAUUAUUUCACCGGUGUCAUAAGCACCGCAGAGGAUCUAGAUUAUGAGACGAUGAAGAGAAAAUUCUCCCUAAGGAUUCGGGCGUCAGACUGGGGAUCCCCUUUCCGCCGUGAGGCAGAGACUGUUGUUUCAAUCACUCUCACCAACCUGAACGAUAAUAAGCCACACUUCGAGAAUAUAGAUUGUGAUGUUACUGUGCCAAGAUCUCUAGGGGUCGGUGAACAAAUAAUAGUGGUGUCUGCCAUCGACGCUGAUGAUCUUGGCAUAGUGCAGUACAGAAUUGACAGUGGUAAUAACAUGAAUCUGUUCGAAUUGGAUUCCAGCUCAGGGGUGCUGACACUUAAAAAGUCGCUGAGCGAUGGCAAUGCAGCCAAACAGUCUUUCCACCGCCUGCAAAUAACUGCCAGCGAUGGAGAAAUAUCAAGUAACCCCAUGUUCCUAAAUCUAACAGUAGUUAGUGCUUUUAAACAUGUCCGUUCCAAAUGUGCAGAGACUGGCGUUCUGAGAACUUUAGCCGGGAUGCUGCUUUUUGGCUCUAAACAACACAGUCAGAAAGAAGCAGAAGAUGAAUUCGCAGACAUCCAUUCUGUUAACCACCACACUCCACGGUUUAUAGAGUCCACUCCAACUGUAAUAGAAGUUAAAGAGGACCUUCCUGUAGGGACAAGCGUAGCACUCCUCAGAGCUGCCGAUUCAGACUCAGGCUUCAAUGGGAAAUUGCUUUUUGUGAUCUCAGGGGGAGAUUUUGAUAGUUGUUUCACGAUAGAAUCUGACACAGGGUGGCUUAAAGUUUUCCAGCCACUUGAUCGAGAAACAACAGACGACUACACUCUCAACAUCACCGUUUAUGACCUUGGCUCACCGCAGAAAUCCUCAUCUCGCAUGGUAAAUGUUAACAUUUUAGACGUAAAUGACAACAGUCCAGAGUUCCUUCAGUUGGAGUAUUCAGUGGAUAUAAGGGAAGACACUGCUAUGGCGACAGACAUCAUUCAGCUUGAAGCGAAAGAUAAAGAUUUAGGGGUCAAUGGAAUGGUUAGAUACUCGUUUCUUACCAAAACAGACAAAUUCGUCAUACAUGAAGAAACAGGGAUUGUGACUGUUAUGGGUCCAUUAGACAGAGAAGCCAAUCCGUCAUUUGUUUUGAAGGUGGCUGCUUUUGACGCUGCAAUUGAUGAGCCUAAAAUGGUAUCAACAGCAUUAUUAUAUAUUAAUUUGGAGGAUGUGAAUGACAAUGCCCCUACAUUUAUACCCCAACAAUACCAUAUCAGAGUCAGAGAAGACAUUCCAGUGGGCACCUUAGUGCUCUGGCUUGAAACUCACGAUCCUGACCUUGGCCUGUCUGGACAGGUGAGGUACAGUUUAACAGAUGGGGAAGAUGGAAGCUUUCAAGUGGAUAAAAUGACUGGAGCUGUUUACGUCUCUCAGACUCUUGAUUUCGAAACAAGACAAGUAUAUAAUCUGACAGCAAAGGCCAAAGACAGAGGCAAGCUGAAGCCUUUAUCCUCAUCCUGCUUCAUUCAUGUGGAGAUUGAGGAUGUCAAUGAGAACUUGUACCGCCCGUCCUUCCCAUUCUUUGUGGACUGGGGAGCUGUGAGUGAGGACGCCCCAGCUGGCACUUCUGUUCUGAAAGUUACAGCUCACGAUGAGGACAGCGGCAGGGAUGGAGAAGUUCGCUACUCCAUACGAGGAGGUUCAGGCCUUGGUGUGUUCACCAUUGAUGAAGACAGUGGCAUUAUAAGGACACAAGAGAUCCUCGAUCGUGAGACUUCGAAUCAUUACUGGCUCACAAUCUAUGCUACCGAUCAAGGAAUUGUGCCUCUUUCCUCAUUUGUGGAGGUCUACAUCGAGGUUCAAGAUGUUAAUGAUAAUGCUCCACUGACAUCAGAGCCUGUGUACUAUUCUUCUGUAUCUGAGAACUCUCCCAAAGACGUCUCUGUCAUCCAGAUCCAAGCGUUUGACCUGGACACAAAAUCAAGUGAUAAUCUCUCAUAUAAAAUAACCAGUGGAAAUCCACAGGGAUUUUUUGUCAUUAACACCCAGACAGGGUUGGUGACAACAACAUCUCGGAAACUGGACAGGGAAAAGCAAGCGGAGCAUCUUCUUGAAAUCACUGUUUCGGAUGAUGGCAGCCCAUCCAAGUCUACAGUGGUUCGUGUUAUAGUCAGCGUAUUGGAUGAAAAUGACAACAGUCCCCAGUUUUUGGAAAAGAGCUUUAAAAUCAAGCUUGUGGAACGACCAGAGGCAGUCGAAUGGGAGCCAAUUUAUCGAGUGAUUGCUUAUGACAGAGAUGAGAGUCCCUCCUCUGAUAUAUCUUACACAAUCGAGGAGGGUGAAGAGCACGGGAAAUUCUUCAUUGAUCCCACAACUGGGUUUGUGUACUCCAAAGAGGUUUUUUCAGCGGGGGAGUAUCAUAUUCUCACGAUUAAAGCAUCAGACAGUGGAAGGCCUUCAAAGUCGUCCAUCUGUCGGUUGCACAUUGAGUGGAUUCCAAAGCCUAAGCUGGCUAAACAACCGCUGGCGUUUGAGGAGAUUCCACUCUCAUUCUCUGUGAUGGAGAAUGAUCCAGUAGCCCAUAUGGUGGGAGUCAUCAGCGCUCAGCCACUUGAGUCCCCUGUAUGGUUUACAAUCAAAGGAGUCACACAUGUUAAAGGAGUUUUUCACAUCCUUCAGAUGGCUUGUGACCUGAACUGUACAGCAGGUGGAAACGCUGACAGCCACUUUGACGUGGAGAGGGCGAGUGGCACAAUCAUCAUCGCUGGCGCUCUAGAUGCUGAACGGCAGUCAAAUUACAACCUCACUGUUGAAGCAACAGAUGGAACAAGAUCUAUCAGCACUGAGGUUACAAUUCACGUUAUUGACACAAAUGAACACCGCCCCCAGUUUGGACAAAACCAAUAUGAGAUAAGUAUUUCAGAGGAAACUCAGCCUGGUAUGAAGAUACUGGAAAUAAAUGCAACAGAUAAAGAUGAGAAGAACAAAUUAUCCUACACACUAUUGAGCAGCACAGACUUAUUCAGCCUGAAGAAGUUUCGUCUUGAUCCUGCAACAGGCUUUCUAUACACUACUGAAAAACUGGACCAUGAAACCAUGCACAGACAUAUCCUCACAGUAAUGGUUAGGGAUCAAGGUGUACCUGUGAAGAGUAAUGUUGUGAGAGUGAUCAUCAAUGUGGAGGACAGUAAUGACAAUACACCAUGGUUCACCAGCUCUCAGCACACUGCCCGUGUGUUUGAGACAGCUGCGAUUGGUUCAUCUGUGUUACAGGUCACUGCUCUGGACAAAGACAAAGGCCUAAAUGCUGAAAUCCUUUACAACAUAGAUUCAGGAAAUCAUGGAAAUUCCUUCAAAAUUGAACAUUCUUCAGGCAUUGUAACAGUUGCAAGAGAACUUGAUCAUGAAUACAAAGACCGGUAUGAAUUGGUAAUUAAAGCAUCAGAUAAAGGAGAACCGCCUCUCAGUGUGGUUACAACCGCCAAGAUCACGGUCACUAUCUCGGAUAAUACCAAGCCAAAGUUUCCCUUCAGUUCAAAAUCAGCUGAAGUCAGUGAAUCUGUCCCUGUUGGGAGUUUUGUAACUUUAGUUUCAGCCUUCAGUCAAUCAACCAUCUACUAUCAGAUCAAAGAAGGAAAUGUGAAAAGCGCAUUUGACAUCAAUCCAAACUCUGGUGCUGUCAUCACAAGGAAAAAGCUGGACUUUGAAACCCUUUCGUCAUAUAAACUGAUUGUGCAAGGGUCAGACAUGGCUGAAAGGUCAAGCAGUGUCACAGUAAAUAUUAACUUAAAGGAUGAAAAUGACAAUGCUCCUGUUUUCACUCAACCUGAAUUCACUGGCUUCAUCAGUGAGUCAGCCAUUGUAAGAAGUGUAGUUCUAACUUCUCAGAAUGUUCCACUUGUUAUUCGUGCAACAGAUGCAGAUCAGCACGCAAACGGCAGGCUUGUUUAUGAGAUUGUGGAGCCAAUUGCUCAUAACUAUUUUUCUAUCGAUUCUGGGACCGGAGCUAUUCAAACUCUCAGCAUUCUGGAUUACGAGCAGAAAAAGGUGUUUUUCUUCCAAGUUCAGGUCCAUGACACUGGAAUGCCACGUUUGUUUGCGCGAAACACUGCCAAUGUGACUAUACACGUCAUUAACAUCAAUGAUUGUGCUCCAAAAUUCACUCAGGAUUUAUAUGAGACAACACUCCUUCUUCCAACCUACAAAGGAGUUAAAGUGACAACAGUAAAGGCUACAGAUGAGGACUCACUACCAGACACCAAACUGCGCUUUGAACUUUUAGAUGGCAACAUAGGGAACAAAUUCAAGCUUGAUCCAACUUCAGGGGAUAUUUUUGUGCAAAAUGCCACACAGUUGCGGAGCAGGUACAGACUGACAGUCCAAGUCUCUGAUGGAAGCUUUACUGGCACUGCAACCAUUAAAGUCAGUGUUAAAGAAAAUAAAGGUCACAAUCUUAAGUUUACUCAGGAAAUUUUCACCGCCUAUGUGCAGGAAAACUCAGCGGAGAAGAAAACCCUGGCAAUCCUCUCUGUGGUUGGAAAUAGAGUCAAUGAGCCUUUGUUUUAUUCUAUUCUCAACCCUAACAGCAAAUUUGAAAUGGGACGCACAUCUGGAGUCCUCUUCUCCACAGGCAUUCCAUUUGAUCGUGAGGAGCAGGAUUUGUACGAAAUCUUUGUGGAGGUUACAAAAGAGCCAAGGUUAAACAGUACUGCCCAUGUGCUUGUGAGAGUGCACAUUGAAGAUGUGAAUGAUAAUACCCCCGUCUUUGUAGAUCAGCCGUAUAACGUCAUUGUUCCAAUUGACAAAACCGUGGGUUCGGUUUUCAGGAAGGUGAACAGCGUGGACAAAGAUAUCGGCAGAAACGCAAAGGUUACGUACCAUUUGAAAGGGCAUGAUAAAUAUUUUCAGGUAAGCCCUUCUGGAGAAAUCUCUCUUAAGAGACCUCUUGAGUUUAAAAGCAUUGGCAAAUUCGUCAUUAACAUCACCGCACAAGACGGAGGUGAACCACAACUGUUUUCAAAAGCAGAGGUUGUUAUUUCAGUGGUAAACAAAGCUACACCAAUGUUUGAAAGACCUUUUUACAAGCUUGAAAUCCCUGAGAAUGUGCAAGUGCGUACAUCUGUACUGCAAGUCGUAGCCAAUCAAUCUGCAGGCCCUCGUACGGUCUACAGCAUCUGUGGGGGAAACCCAUUCAAUCAGUUCUACAUUGAUUUCAAUUCAGGACUCAUUGAAGUCAUCCAGCCAUUGGAUUAUGAGGCUCAUCCUGCAUAUCGGUUAUGCGUCCAGGCGACAGACUAUUUAACAGGUGCCAACUCUGAUGUUUUUGUAGAUAUCAUAUUGGAAGACGUCAAUGACAAUGCACCCAAAUUUGAAGUGGCAAUGUAUAACAUCAGUAUCUCUGAAUCUGCUGUAAUUGGAACCUCUGUGCUACAAGUGGUAGCCAUGGACUCUGACACGGGAAGCAAUGCAAUUCUAUUUUAUCAGUUGUAUGAAAAGGAUGGAAACACUUCAGAUCACUUCAGAAUAGAUGUUGAGAGUGGAGUCAUAUGGACUGCAGGACUAUUGGACCAUGAAACCCAAUCACAGCAUGAACUUAUUGUAAAAGCACUUGACCAUGGAGUAGUUCAGCUGUCUGCUGAGGUCCAAGUGAUCAUACAUGUUACAGAUCUUAAUGACAACCCACCUGUUUUUGCACACCAGCUUUAUAAUGCCACAAUAAACAAAAUUUCUUCUCCAGGGCAGCUUGUGACCUGUGUUAAAGCAUAUGAUGCUGACAACUAUGGAACGAGUCAGCUUGAGUAUGCUAUUUUGUCUGGAAAUGACAACAAUAUCUUUGCCAUUGAUGCAUCAAGUGGAGAAAUUGUGAUUGCCAACUUCAGCCAGCAGUCUCUUGAGCACUUCUACAGUUUAAUUUUGUCAGUAACUGAUGGUGUUUUUAGAAGUACUGCUGACGCAAACAUCUAUAUGAUGGGCGAGAACAGUAACAGCCCAUCAUUUACCCAGGAUGAGUAUGUUAUUGAGCUCGCUGAGAACUCUCCAGUUGGUACGUUGGUUGGACAAGUUGAAGCCAUUGACAAAGACCCAGGGAUAUAUGGACAAUUGACAUUCUUCAUUGUAAAUGAUAUCGCCAGGGAUAAAUUUACCAUCAACGAUGAUGGCCAGAUUCACACAGUAGAGAGUUUUGACAGAGAAAACCCUGAGGAGAAAAUAAUUAGCAUUAGUUUAAUGGCUAAAGAUGGAGGUGGUCGUUUAAGCUUUUGUACUGUUCUUGUAACUCUCUCUGACGUGAAUGACAAUCCACCCAAAUUCAGGCUUUCAGAAUAUAAAGUUACUGUACCAGGAGACUCUACCAGCGGUACGACAGUGAUAAAAACAUCUGCAGUAGAUGAAGAUGAUGGAAGUAAUGCUGAUAUAAUUUACACUAUUGACUCUGAUAUAGGGCACUUUGAAAUUCAUCCACUUAGUGGUGCAAUUGUCACAAAGGAGAGUCUAAUUGGGCUGGAGAAUGGCCUCUAUUCCUUACUUGUGAAGGCUAAAGAUUCUGGAAGCCCACCAAGGCAAUCUGUUAUUCCUGUUUCAAUUAGAAUAGCCCCCCCUGAAACAUCAAUCCUAAAGUUUGCAGAGCCGUCACUGUGGCUGGAGCUUUCAGAAGACCUGGCUGUCGGAAGUGAGAUGGAUAUCUUCCAAACCGAGAAUGAGCGGCCUGUGAUCUACAGCCUUGUUGGCGGGAACACUCCUGAGAGUAACAAAGAUGAUGUCUUUGCUAUUGACAGCAGUACUGGAAAGCUUACACUCACAAAAAGACUAGACUAUGAAACUAUUAAAUGGUACCAGCUUGCAGUACAGGUCAGAGAUGCUGAGGAUAGCAUGGAAAUUGUCUCAAUUAUAGAUGUGAGUAUCCAUCUCAAGGAUGUCAAUGAUAAUAGCCCACAGUUUGAGUCCUACCCCUACCAGUCAUAUAUUGUUGAAAACCUACCGAAAGGGACUUCUGUAGUGCAGGUCAAGGCAACCGAUCUGGAUUCAUGGCUGAAUGGUCAGGUCACUUAUACUCUGCAUGGAAUCCAGGAGCGGUCCGACGUUCUGGAGAUGUUUGCAGUGGACAGUGAGUCGGGCUGGAUAACCACCCUCAAAGAGAUAGACAGAGAAAUGACAGAGCGAUAUCGAAUCACAGUGCUGGCCACAGACAGAGCCCAAGGGCUACAGAUGACAGGCACUACUGAUGUAGAAGUCACAGUUGUGGACACAAAUGACAACCCUCCCUUAUUUACUGAAGCAGUUUUUAAAGGCACUGUGAGAGAAGAUGAAUCCACACCAGGCACUGUUGUCACUAUUCUUAGCUAUACUGAUUCUGACAGUGAGGAGGUCAACAGGAGGUUCAGCUGCUUUAUCACAGGUGGAGACCCGCAGGGCCUGUUUGAUGUGAGGCACACAGAUGGUGUUUGGGUGGUCGCUGUCAGCAAAACCCUGGACAGGGAGGAGAGAGAUUUCUAUCUUUUAAAUAUCACAGCCACCGAUGGAACCUUUGAGACAAAGGCUACAGUGGAGAUCAGUGUCCUUGAUGCAAAUGACAACAGUCCUGUUUUUGAGAAGGAUGUGUAUACUCAAACUAUUCCUGAAGAUGCUCUUGUUGGAAGGCAAAUUCUUCAAGUCACAGCCACUGAUGCAGAUAUCCAGUCAAAUGCGGAAAUCACGUACCAGCUGAGUGGCAGUGGAGCUGAAUCAUUCACAAUUGAUGCCAAAACAGGGGCAGUGAGAACACUGGUUACCCUGGACAGAGAGAUGACAGAGGUGUACAACUUAACUGUGCGUGCAGUGGACGGAGGCGAUCGUUUCUGCCAAGCUUCUGUGUUCAUCACCGUCGAUGACGUUAAUGACAACAGCCCCAAAUUCACAUCUGACCAACAUCACAUUAGUAUUUUUCAUAAUACACAACCUGGGACAUACGUGGCACGACUAGAGGCCUUCGAUGCAGAUAUUGGGAUGAACGGUAAAAUACGUUACACAUUUGAGGACUCUGCCGGAGGUCUGUUUUCAAUCGAGGAGAGCUCAGGAAUUAUCAGUUUAGAAAGGUCUCUGGACAGACAGAUGAAGGCCACACAUGUGCUGAGGGUACGAGCGACAGACCAUGGCUCUCCUCAUAGACUGUCCUCUCUCAGCUCUGUGGUGGUGACAGUGCUGGACGCUAACGACCGUCCACUGGCGUUUGAGCAUAGGGAAUACGUUUCCACAAUUCCUGAGGAUGUUACGGUAGGGACAAAGCUUUUGAAUGUCUUUGCUGCAAGCAGGGACCGGGAAUUGACCUCCCAGACAACAUACUCUAUCACCAGCGGCAAUGAGCAAGGAGCUUUCCGAAUUGAUUCACAGACAGGUGACAUCUUUGUGAUGGAGCCGCUGGACUAUGAGGCUUCUCCUCAGCACUUCCUGACAGUGAAGGCCACAGGAAAAGAGUUGCUCAGUGCCAUAGCUACUGUUACUAUUCACCUCCUUGACAUCAAUGACAACAGCCCCGUGUUCAGCCAGAAGAUCUACUCGGCUGUAGUCAGUGAGGACGCCAAACUCGAGAGCACAGUGCUGACGGUACUUGCGAAUGAUUUUGAUGGGCCUUUAAACAACCGAAUCCACUAUUCCAUUGAGAACAACAACCAAAUGUGUCCAUUCAUCAUGGAUGCAGUCAGGGGUGAACUGCGACUGGCCCAACAGUUGGACAGGGAAAAGGUAGCGAGUUACAUGCUGACCGUUGUGGCAUCCGACAGUGGAAAUCCCCCCAAAUCCGACAGCGCUGCAAUCAACAUGACUGUGUCUGAUGUGAAUGAUAAUCCUCCUGUCUUCUCUCAGGCUAACUACAGUCUCAUCAUCCAGGAGAAUCUGCCUUUAGGUGCUGCUGUGUUACAGCUCAAUGUGACAGACAACGACUCCCCCCAAAAUGGGCCUCCUUUCUCCUUUAGUAUUUUGAAGGGUGAAGAAACAAGUCCCUUCAUCAUAGACCAGCAGGGUGUGGUAAAGACAGCUGGACCAUUGAGAAAGGGUCAGCAUAUACUUCAAGUGCAGGUGUCUGACAGUGGAAGGCCCCCACUGACAUCGGUCACAUCUGUCAGUGUGCUUGUAGCACAGACGAGUGUGUAUCCUCCAUCUGUUGUUUCUCUGGAUGUUUUCAUCAUGAUCUUGGAAGAUGAGUAUUUAGGAGGCAAGCUGGGCAAGGUCCACGCCACAGAUCAAGAUGAAUAUGAUACACUCACAUUCAGUCUGGAGCCACAGUCACACAGCUUGUUCUCCGUCGUUGGCACGGAUGGCAGAUUGUUGGCCCGCGGAGGCUUGGACGUGGGUCAUUACCAGCUUAAUGUCUCAGUGAGUGACGGACGUUUCUCAGCCUUAGCCAGUGUCACAGUGAAUGUGCUGCGGGUCACAGAGCAGAUGCUGGACAGUUCUGUUUCUGUGCGCUUUGCUGGCAUUGCUGCAGAAGAUUUUAUCCAGGACCACUGGAAAAACCUCCAAAAAGUGGUGCGCAGUGUCGCCGGAGUCCGCAGGGGUGCCCUGCAGUUGAUCAGUAUACAGCCUGCAGAAACUGGCGAUGGCCUGGAUGUUCUUCUGUGCUUUGAGAAACCAGGACGAGGUGGCAGCUCGCUGGAAGCCUUCUCUCAGAAGCUCAGCUCUUCCAGAGCAGCCAUCAAAGAGAUGACAGGACUACAUGUAGUGCGGGUUUUGAAUAGUCAGUGCUCAAGCUCUGAGUGUCCUGGCAGCGUGUGCAGACGAGUGGUGCUGCUUAACCAGACCAGUAUGACCACCUACAGCACUGCCCGAGUGAGCUAUGUCACACCCAGACACCACAUGACAGCCAAAUGCCUGUGCACAGACAGAAAGUGCCUGAAGCACAUAACCACAUGUGAAAACAGCCCAUGUCCUCAGGGCUACGAGUGUGUGUCAGGUUUUGAGGAGGACAAACACAGCUGCGUAUGCACAGGUGCUGCCAAAGUCAAAUGCUCAGGAGGAUCUUCAAUGACAUUUAGUGAGAGCAGCUACAUUAAAUAUCGCCUGAGAGAAAGCACGAGAGAACUUAAGCUCACGCUCAAGUUAAAAACUCUCUCAAGAGAAGGAACAGUAAUGCUUGCCAGAGGAAGAAGCCACAGCAUUUUAGAGAUUGUGGAGGGCCGACUGCAGUUCCAGUUUGACUGCGGCUGGGGUCUCGCUACAGUUUCUGUGCACAGCGUCCUGGUGAAUGAUGGACAAUGGCACAUGGCAGAACUUGAGGUGAAGGGUAACUAUGCCAGGCUGGUUCUGGAUCAGCUCCAUUCUGCAUCAGGCCUCGCACCCGGCUCCCUCCACUGCCUCAGCCUGGGCGACCAGGUGGUCCUGGGGGGACGCACUCAACACUUCGCUUCCAGACUCAGGCGUAAUCUGCCUGUGUCAGACAGCCUACAGGGCUGCAUGGACUCUGUGCUGUUUAAUGGACAGAGACUGUCCUUGGACUCAAGUGGUCCAUUAGGGGUUGCCAUUGAGGACAUGGUGGGAGUGUCUCCUGGCUGUGUCUUCUUCCCAUCUCCAGACUGCUCCAGUAAUCCCUGCCUCAACGGAGGGAGCUGCUUAAUGAGGCAGAGUGGAGGUUAUGUCUGUGAAUGCAGUACUUUAUUCUCUGGGACUCACUGUGAGGUCAAGAUCAGUCCUUGUGACUCCAACCCCUGCCUGUAUGGAGGAACCUGCAUCCAGAAUAACCUGGACUACUACUGUAAAUGCAGGGGCCACUACUCAGGUCAAAGGUGUCAGAUAGGUCUGUACUGCAAGGGGAAUCCAUGCCAGAAUGGUGGACAUUGUAUAGACGGUCUUGAUGGACCCAUCUGUGAGUGUGAGCCAGGAUUCAAAGGAGAAAGGUGCAUGAUCGAUGUGGACGAGUGUGUGGACAGGCCUUGCUUCAAUGACGGCCAUUGUGUCAACACAUAUGGAUCCUUUAACUGUUCCUGUUUGGUGGGAUUCAGCGGGAGACUGUGUGAAAUGGACACAGAAGUGAGGAACCAAGUUGCAUCUUCGUCCUGGAACUCUUGGAUUGGAGAACUGGUUGCAAUGCUGGCCUUCUUGACCGCCAUCUUUGUUUUGACGUUGUUUUUCUUAAUAGUGUGGAAAGGAACCUGCAAACCUGACAAGAGCGAUAAAGUACUUGAUAAGUACAAAGAAGUUGAUUCUUACAUUCAAAGGUCCAGCGUAUACAACCAAGCCCGAAAGGAAUCGUGCCCGGACACACCUCCGCAGGUCCCAGUGCGACCCAUCUCCUACACGCCCAGCAUUCCUGGAGAAUGUCGAAACAACAGAGGCUCCGUGCCUGAGUUCAGCAGCUUCACGCCAGAUCCACUCUUUGGUCUUAGGAAGACUGUGGCUGUGUGCAGUGUAGCCCCUAAUCUACCACAUCGCAAGGCGUUCCAUUCACACUCCAAAAAUGAUUCCAUACAACAAAUGGACUGGGAUGAGGAGUAUGAUGAAAAAGUCCUAGACCUGACUUCCUGUUUAGCAGCUGAAGAUGACAGUAUUUCCUUUACACAUGAAAAUAGAGGUCUGCAGUCCAUGAGCUCUCUCCAAGCAGACGUCAUGGAUGACAACAGUUAUUACUGGGAUAGCUCAGAUUGUCUUCAGAAUAUCUACUCUCCUGGGAUCCAAGGUUUUCUCCAGUAUGAAUUUGUGCAGAUGCCCUCCUCCAUGCACACUGCUCCAGAAAUUCUCGACAUGGACUACCUUACUGGUGGCGAUGACAUUAACAACUUCCUGCCAGUUCCAGCUCUCCCUCUUAAUAAUGACAUGUCUCCAGUUCCACAGUAUGACCAGUAUACCAGGCCAGAGGUCCACCACGUCAUCCAGCCGACAGCAAGUCAACAUCACAUCCAUGACCACCUAUUGCCCAUUCAAAUAACCUCUGGAGAGCCUCAGGGCCAGCAUAUAGGACCUGCUGAGAUUCCUGAUUCUUUAGAAAGUCCUUUGUGAGAGCCACACUUCUAAACUCCAUCAGACUUGCCAGCCAGUGGUUAGAAAUUUAAUCAUGUGGUUACUGACCAUGAAGAACUUCGUAAAGCUGUGGCUGGUAACACUACCAGAGACUGGGGUGGGCUUACAGACUCAUUUGAAAUCAUUAUUGCAGAACUAUCAGUCUUUAAAUGAUAAGAUCAUAUGUCACUCCUAGAUUUGCAAUCUAGGUGCAAACUAUUUGUUGGAAAAAAUUAGCUCUGGCUAACAUGACCGUGGACUUGGGGAUUAUACUGACACCUACUGGUAUUUUUUUAUUAUUAUUCAGUCACAAGUAGUUUGAUCUCUACAUGGUGGCCCGUAAGAGGGGACUCACUACAUGUAGAAUAAAACUGUAGUAGUGCUUUAUUUCAGUAGUUCAAUAUAAUUUAUCUUUACACAUUUUAAAAAGUCCUAUGUAUUUCUUUUGCAUAUUUUAUAUACAUUGGUCCA